AUUAAUGUAUUUUUAUUUUAUUACUUUGAUGUUAAAAAUAUUUUUUAUUCCUAUUUUUAACUAAAUUCAUGAAUAUAAGUGGCAAAUCAUAAUAUUUAAUUGCUUUAUAAGUUAAAAUUUCACUAAAUGAUUUCAUCAUUGAACGGACGUUAAAAAAUUUAAUUAGUAAAAAUAUUACAAAUUAAACUUUUAUGUUAAAAAUAUUGUUGGUGAUUUUCAAUGUAUUGUAAAAUUAUUUUUAAUUUUUUUAUUAAAAUCUAUUAAAUUUUAACUACAUUUUAAGAGGCUUAUUUUAAACCAUCUUUACGUAAACAACAAUUUAUUAUUAAUCAUAACAUCAUGACCCAAUCCGAAGAUUAUGAAAAUAUUAGAUACAAACUUGAUAAACUUGGAUAUCGUCAAUAUAUGUCUAUUGAAUCUUUUGAUUUGGUAAAUCAAUUAGUUGCAGAUUUACUGCAAACUACAGAAAGUUUAAAACAUUACAAAAAUAUAGCACAAAAUUCAUUAGAAGUAGCGCGUAAUUUGGAAGCAAAAUCUUCACCAUAUAUAAGAGAUACUUGUUCAUUAAUUCAAGAAUAUAACAAAUUGCAAGCAACACUAAAAGAACUUAGUGAAAAUAAAAAAAUGCUUGAACAUGAUAUAUCAGUUUUAAAAUCCAAAAACCACAAAGAUAAUCAAGAAAAUGAAAAACUUAAACAAUGUAUUAUUGAUUUAGAAGAAGAAGCUGUAUCUAGAAAUGCUAAAUUAUUGGAAUUGGGAAGUAUGUUUCUGAUUCCUCAAGUAGAAGUGAAAAAAAAUAUUGAUUAUCAAUCUUUAAGACCAAAAAUACAAGUUAAUAAAUCUAGAGUAAAAGAACAUGAGAGUAAAGAUAAAGAUGCUACAAAUUUAGAAAAUUCUACAUUGAAAAAACAGGUUCAAGAAUUAACCAAAGAUAUUAAAUUCUUGCAAAAAAAUGUUAUUAAAACAAAAAAUCAAGCUAAAAAACAGUUACCUAAUAAUCAUUACCUUUUAUUUGAAGAUUGUAAAAAUUUAACUAACAUACAAGCUGAUAAUCAAGUUUUAAAAAGAAACCUUGAUGAAGCAGAUGCCAAUUAUAAUGAAGUUUUAUUUCGUUUAACUAAAAUAUCUGAAGAAAAAAAAUCUCUUCAACAAACACUUACUGAUCAUCUUAACAAACAUUGUAACUGUGAAAAGGAUAUGAGUUUUAUGUUUGAUAUUAAUUUGUCUCUAGAAGAACUAAAAAAAAAAAAUUGCACUUUAGAAAAUGAAAAAAUUGAGUAUGAGAAUAAACUUAUGAAAGUUUCUGAUGACCAAAAAAAAAUGAUUGACAAAAUAAAUUACUUUAAAGAUAUUGAAAAUGAUUUGAUGGCCAAAAUUGAUAAGUUGUCUGAAGAAAAUAAAUUACUUCUAAAAAAGUUGAUAAGAUAUGAAAAUAAUCACCAGAAAACAGUUUGUGUGAGAUGUGAUAAAUCAUAUAAUAGUGAAAUAGACUGUACCCAUCACUCCAUUAAAUCUAAUGAUAUAGAUAUUACUAUAAGUAAAUUAAGAGCUGAACGAGAUGAAUACCUGUAUGAAAUAAACUGUUUAAAGAGACAGCAUCAUCAUGAAAUAAUUGAUUUGAGGAAAAAAAUUGAAACAUUAACAAAUGAAACUCUUAAAACAUCAGAUAAAAAGUUAACUUUACAGUUAGAGAGAGAGAAGAAUGAACUCAGGGAAAAAGUCAGUUGUUUAAAAAGAGAAAUUGACUUUUUAAAUAAUCAAUUAAAAAAAACCAGAGAAUCUAUUGACAGUAAUGAGUAUAAUGAACAUGAGUAUGUUAAACAAUUGGAGAAAGAAAAACAUCUGCUAUUGGAAAAACAACAAACUCUUACUUGGGAAAGUGCUAACAAGCAAUAUGAAAUUGAAAAGUAUCAAGAUAGUUCAUCUCGUUUAAAAGCUGAAAUUAAAAAAUUAACAAAUAUUAUUAACGAUCAAAAAUGUACCUACGAUAGACUUGAACGAACAUUACAAUCUACACAAUUUGCUCAGAAUACUGUUGAAGAACAGUUAGAAAGAGCACAAGUUAAAAUAGAAGAAUUAAAACAGAUUAAUAAUAAACUUAAUGAUCAAUUAGAUUGUGAACACCAAGAAAAACAAAGAUAUCAUAAUAACAUAACUAUUAAUGAUGAUCAUCGUGAAUCAUUAAUGAAUGAGUUGGAAAAAAAAACAAAACGUAUUGUACAUCUUGAUGGAUUGAUAAUGGAUAAAGAACAAGAAAUUUCAUCUUUACAUUCUAAAUUGAAUGAUGCAUCAAAAAAAAUUGGUAAUGCUCUAUAUUCUCAAACUGAAACUGAGAAAGUUUGUGAUGAUUUGAAAACUGAACUGUCUAGCACUAAUACUAAGUAUAAAAUCAUUGAAAAAAACCUAAAGAGUCUCGAAAAAGAGAAAAAAAGGUUACAAAAUGAUCUAGACACUGUGUUGAAAGAUAAUAAAAUUCUACGUAAUGAUUUAGAGGCAUCAAAAAAACAAACAGAAGAUUUAAAAAUGCAAUUGCAGGUUUAUGUAUUAGAAAUUAGACGUAUAGAAGAAACACUUGAAUGUAAAGAGUCUGAACGAGAUGAAAUACUGCAGCAAUUUAAAAUGCUUAACUGUGAAGCAACUCAGUUAGAGAGUAAUAACUAUAGUUUAGAAAGUGAAGCUAGAUCAUCAAAAACACUUCUCAAAGAAAAAGAGCAUUUACUUGCAGAUCUAGAGCGCAAACUCUUAGACAAAGAAGAGCUUAUUUCUAACUAUGAGACACAGAUUUUACAAUUAACUCAACAAGUUGCAUCACUAGAAUCACAAUUAUGUACUAAAAAUGAUCAGAUUGAAAAAUUAGAAUAUGACUUAGAUGCGUGUAGAAACAUAUGUUCUACUAUCGAUUCAACAAAAAUUAAUUUAACUGAACGGCUCUGCCGUGCAGAACAGCUACAAAAAAAUACAGAAGAAGAACGAGAAAGACUUGAUAAUGAAGUGUCAUCAUUAAAUACACAAAUGGAAAGAGAAUGUUCUAAGAUAUCUACUUUAGAAAAAGUGCUAAGUGAGUCAAGACAAGAAUGCAUGGAACUAACUAUACAAAAAAGCGAUUUAAAAGAAAGAUUAGAGGAAUGCCAACAAAAAAUAGAAUUUCUUAAAGAAGUAUUAGAUAAAACCAAACAUGAAUUAACAAAUUCUCGUUCAAAUGUAGUAGCUAAUGAACAUGAAAUUAAUUUAUUAAAACGACAACUAAAUGAUGUGAAAUUUGAGAAAGCUAAAUUAGAACAAUCCCAAAGGGAUCAUCAUAGCACUACAGUAUAAUUGACAGAAAAAUUAAAACUCGUUGAUAUCUUAAAACGUCCACAUUCAAGAGUUUAUAUUUAAAAAAAUUGUAUUUUAAUUAUUUAUUAUUGUAUAUUAGUUAAUUAAUUUAUUGUAUUUAAAUAAAAGUAUUUAUUAUGUUAUAUAAGGCACGUAUUAUAUUAAAAUAUAAAGCAUAUUGAAUUUA